UUGCAGGGGAUUGGAUUUCCCUCUUUCAGUCCUGAGCUGCUAACUUCAAUCUCAGCAGCUGGACCUCUCACCAUCUCUUUUCCCAUCAGCCCUAAGAGACGAGGAGAAACCUCUGCCUGGCAGAGCAUAACAGGAGCCCUGCCUGAAGAACAUGACUGGCACACACGUGUGAAGCUGACAAGUUACCUUCUAUCUCUUCUUCAGCUCAGGGUUUGAUCAUCUGGUGCUUAUUACCCAUACAUGGUCAAGAUGAGGGAGCAUGGCCUACUGCCGCUGGUGGCCCUUUUAUGCCUAAUGCUCUCAGGGAUACAUAGGCUGGAUGCACAGCAACAGGAAGACUCGGCUGACCUGGUUUUCCUCAUUGAUGGCUCAAACAAUGUUGGACGCACGGGUUUCAAUGCCAUCCGUGACUUCUUGGCGAAUUAUGUGGAGAGACGAUUGGAGGUGGGAAGGAGUCGGAUACAAAUAGGAGUGGUGCAGUAUAGUGAUGAUGUCAAAAUAGAAUUUACCUUGGAUGAACAUACUACCAAACAAGAGCUGAUAAAUGCCCUGAAGAGAUUACAGUAUGUUGGAGGAGAAGAGGCAAAUAUGGGGGCUGCUGUUGAGUAUGUGGUGGAGCAGCUAUUUACUUCAGCUGCUGGAAGCCGAAGAGAGGAAGGAGUCCCUCAAUCACUAAUGAUCAUCACUGGUGGGCCGUCAAGUGAUGAGUUGAGAGAUGCUGCCAAUUCUUUAAGACUUAACAGUGUCAUCACAUUUGGCGUUGGUGCGGAAAGAGCAGACAACAAUGAAUUGCAGCAAAUUGCAACCGAUGAGUCCUUUGUGUUUACCGUGCCCCAGUUCCAGGUUUUGGGUCAACUGGAAAGCCAAAUUGUUCCAUACAUUGCUGGAGUAGCCCAAAGGACAAUUGUUUUACAGCCUCCAACUGUUAUAACAGAAGUUACUGAAGUCAACAAGAGGGACAUAAUGUUCCUGAUUGAUGGUUCCAGUGAUCUUGGAGGGCCAAGUUUUUCUGCCAUCCGUGAAUUAAUUAUAAAGAUAGUCAACAGGUUGGAAAUUGGUUCUGAUCUUGUUCAAGUAGGAUUGGCCCAGUACGGCAGAGAUGUAAAACCAGAAUUCUACCUGAACAGCUUUGGUGCCAAAAAGGAGGUCCUUGCGCAUUUGAAAAAGAUGAAGAUUUUGAAUACCACACCAUUAAAUACCGGUGCUGCUCUGAGCUAUGUCCAGAAAAAUUUCCUUAUUGCAUCUGCAGGAAGCCGUGUGGAUGAAGGAAUCCCACAGCUUAUUGUACUCAUCACUGGUGGACAAUCAAGAGAUGACAUUGUCCAGCCAUCACUGGCUCUCAAGCGGGCGGGAAUCCUGACCUUUGCAAUAGGAUCCAAGAAUGCAGAUGAAGCUGAGCUUCAAGAAAUUGCUUUUGAUUCUACAUUGGUUUUUCAGCCUGCAGAAUUCAAACAAGUUCCUCUACAAGUUAUACUUCCUCAGGUGCUGACUCCUCUGAAAACCUUAACAGCAAGUGUUUCUGAACGAACAACUGAAGUUCUAACCCAAAGAGACAUCGUCUUCCUAGUGGAUGGUUCUGUCAACGUUGGAAGUGCCAACUUUCCAUUAGUCAGAGACUUUCUCAUCGAUGUCAUUAACAACCUUGGUAUCAGCAGUGAAGGCACUCGAAUUGGCUUGGCCCAGUUUAGUGACACCCCCAAAACUGAAUUCUAUCUAAACGCCCUGACCUCAAAAUCUGAUCUCCUGAACCGUUUGGGGCAGAUAAGAACACAGGGGGGUAAUCUCUUAAACAUUGGCUCAGCACUUCGAUUUGUUCUCCGCAAUCAUUUCACAAGAAGUGCUGGCAGCAGAAUAGAGGAAAACAUUCCACAGAUUCUCGUGGUACUUGUGGCUGGGAAGUCCUCAGACAAUAUUAAGGAUGCUGCAAAUGACCUCAUGAGAUCAAAGGUUUUGACCUUUUGUAUCGGGGUUGGAGAUGCUGAUAAAGAAGAGUUGGAAAACAUUGCAUUUAACCCCCAACUGAUUUAUGAGAUGGAUGAUUUCAGGGCCUUGCCUGGCCUCAGAGAGCAAAUCUUAGCACCUCUUACAACCUUCGUUAGAGGAGAAGUUACAGAGGUUACAGUAACGGAAGACAGCAAACGGGACAUCUUAUUCCUGAUUGAUGGCUCUACCAAUAUUGCUGGAAGGUUUCCCGGUAUACGAACUUUUGUGGCAAGCAUCAUUGAUGGUCUCGAUGUUAGCCCAGAUGGCACUCGUGUCGCUGUGGGCUUAGUUGGUGAAAAUGUCAAAGAGGAAUUUAAGUUUAAUACAUUUGCCACCAAGGCUGAUGUAGUCAGUACAGUCCGAAAUAUGAGGUUUAAACCAAGCAAAGAGUUCAAGCUUGGAGUUGCACUGGACUAUGCUCAUGACAGCCUUUUCACACCGGAGUCUGGAAGUAGGAUCCGAGAGGGAGUACCACAGUACUUAGUUUUGCUUGCAGCAGGCAAAUCUGCAGACAGUGUAGACAAUGCAGCUAUUAAGCUGAAAACAGCUGGUAUUGUGACAUUUGCAAUCAAGGCACAAAGAGCUGUCACUGAGGAACUUGAGAAGAUUGUUUUGGAUCCACAAUUUGUUUUAGCCUCAGACUCUCUUGCAGAUCUUUCUACCAUCCAGUCUGAGUUUGUUAAUCUCAUAAAAACCAUUUCAGUCGUGCUGCCAACUCAGUCUUGUAAAAGGAAGGACAUUGUAUUUUUGAUUGAUGGAUCCAAUGAAGGCAGAUCCAGCUUUCCAUCUCUACGCUCCUUCAUUCAGAGAGUGGUGGAGGGGCUUGAUGUUGAUCAGGAUAAGAUUCGGAUAGGAGUUGUUCAGUACAGUGAUACCACAAGACCCAACUUCCAGCUUAACACUCAUCCAGACCGCCAGGGAGUCCUCAAUGCUGUACAAAGUCUAACACCUAUGGGAGGUUCAACACUGAACACAGGAGCAGCCUUGGACUAUGUUACUACAAAUGUGUUUACCAGUUCAGCUGGCAGUCGGGCUUCUGAGGGAGUGCCCCAAUUCUUAAUCUUGCUGACAACUGGCAGGUCAAGAGAUAAUGUUCAGAGACCAGCCUCAAACCUCAAAAAUUCUGGAGUAGUUCCAUUUGCCAUAGGAGUCCGCAAUGCUGACACUACUGAGCUGCAGACAAUUUCUUUUAAGCCAGAUUUUGCCAUUCCUGUUUCUGACAUUAGCCAACUAGGAAAUGUUUACCAGAUCAUAACAACAAGAGUGUCUGAACUUAAGACUGAUGAUAUUGAAAUUCUGAAAAGGACACCUUCAUUUCCCACCCGUGCAAAGAGGGAUGUCGUGUUUCUUAUAGACGGUUCCAGGGAUGCUACUCCUGAGUUUAACAAUGUGAAAGAGCUAAUUGGACGCCUAGUAGAAACAUUGGAUGUCAGCCAAGAUAAUACUCGGGUGGCUGUGAUCCAGUUCAGUGAGGACCCCAAAGUAGAGUUUUUGCUAAAUGCUCAUUCCACUAAAGAUGAGGUUCAGAGUGCAGUGAGAAGGAUAAGACCAAAGGGAGGAUCAUCAGCAAAUAUCGGUAAUGCCUUAGAGUAUGUAUCUAAAAACAUUUUUACAAGGCCAGCUGGAAGCCGAGUAGAAGAGCAAGUCCCUCAGUUCCUUAUAUUGACCUCCUCCGGACCUUCAUCAGAUAACAUAGAUGAAGGCGCAAGACAGAUUAAAUCAUCUUCCAUUGUUCCAUUCUUGAUUGGAAAGAAUAUAGAUUCUGAAGAGGCCAGUAAAAUCACUUUGAAUAAGGAAUUCAUAUACGGUGUUUCUAGUUUCCGGGAACUGCCGAACUUGGAUGAAAGUCUGCUGACAUCGGUCACCACCCUGGAUCAAGAAAAGAUAAGCAAGAUUUAUAAACAAAUCACAGUUGUUACUAAUGAAAUUGAUCCAGACAGGCGGGAUGUGGUCUUCCUGGUUGAUGGCUCUACAAAGACAGGUUCUGAAGGACUGGCAAACAUCAGGGAUUUCAUCAUUAAAGUUAUUCAGAACUUUCAAAUUGAACCUAAUAAAGUCAGGGUUGGCCUGGUUCAAUUUAGUAAUGAUCCUACCUCAGUUUUCUACCUAAAAACCCAUACGACCAAGCAAGACUUGAUUAGCAGUGUCCGCCGUCUACGACUCAAAGGAGGAACGUCACUGAACAUUGGGAAAGCACUGGAUUAUGUGUCCAAAAAUCAAUUUGUGAAAUCAGCUGGCAGUAGAAUAGAUGAGGGAGUUCCCCAGCAUUUGGUACUCCUCACUGGAGGAAAAUCUGGAGAUGAUGUCAGGGGAGCAGCAAGGAUACUUGGAACUAAUGGGGUGAAAUCGCUUGCUGUAGCUACCAGCGGUGCUGACAGGACUGAAAUAGAAACCAUAGUGACAGACCCACGUUACCUUUUUACCAUCAAAGAAUUUACUGAGCUUCCAAACAUUGAAACCAUAUUAUUCAAGUCUUUUACAGGACCCAUUGACCCAACUUCACCAUCAGUGCUAGAACCUGCAUCCAGUAAGUCUGGGAAGAAAGAAGCUGAUAUUGUUUUCCUUGUGGAUGGCUCCAUGAAUUUAGGAAGGGAUAGCUUUAAGGAGGUCCUUCAGUUUGUCUCUGGCAUAGUGGAUGCUGUAAUUGAAGACGAUGAUGCCAUUCAGAUCGGACUGGCUCAGUACAAUUCAGAUGUGACCGAUGAGUUUUUCCUAAAGGACCACAACAACCGCGACAUAAUCAUGGAUGCUGUAACCAAAGCAGAGUUUAAAGGAGGACGUCUGGCCAACCUUGGCAUUGCUAUUCGUCACAUACAGGACAAGCACUUUGUAAAAGAAGCAGGCAGCAGAAUUGGCACAGGUGUUCCUCAGGUUGCUUUCAUUAUCACAGGGGCAAAGUCAGUCAGUGAUGGACAAUCUGCAGCACUUGCUCUUGCCAGCAAGGGAGUCAAAGUAUUUUCCAUCGGAGUAGGGACUAUUAGUAAUGAAGAGAUUACUAAAAUUGCAAGUGAAGCACCAAGUGCUUUCAGGGCACCAACUGUGCAGGCUCUUUCGGAGCUGAAUGAACAGGUUCUGAUCACUUUAGAGACGGCUUUGCAGAAGAGGAGUAUUUGCCCAGAUAUGAUUGGUGCUGUCAAAGACUGUAAUCUGGAGGUGAUUAUAGGAUUUGAUGUCGAUGUAAGCGCUGGGCAAGAUGUCUUUGCAUUUCAGAGAGGGCUGAAGCCUAAACUAGGACAAAUUCUGGAACGAAUUUCCAACAUGCAAAAAAUAAGUUGCAGUGGUGACAAAAAGCCUUCGGUGAAAGUUGCUGUCUUGUCACAGGGCAGAACAGGGCCUGUGGAGGCAUUUGACUUUUCUGAUUACCGUAUAGAACUGGCUGACAAAAUCACUACCAUGGGCACUCGAGGGCCUUAUGUGUUGAAUGGCCGAACUCUGCAGACAUAUUUGAACAAAUUCAACAAUGCCGGGGAACCCAAAAGCGUUAAGGUAUUUAUCCACAUGACAGAUGGAGUUGAUGCAAACAUGUCUGAAUUGCAGCAAGCUUCUGCAGCCUUACAAGCUUCAGGAGUGAAGGCGCUGUUAUUUGUGGGGUUGGAAAGUGUUCCCAGAUUUGAUCAAAUUAUGCAGUUAGAAUUUGGAAGAGGAUUCACUUACAAUAACCCAUUGAAAUUAAACCGUGUGGAUCUGGAUUAUGAGAUCAUCGAAGAGCUGGAUAACAUUGCAGAAAAAGGAUGCUGUGGAGUGCCAUGCAAAUGUUCUGGACAGAGAGGUGAUAUUGGACCUCCAGGUGUCAUUGGAACAAAGGGUGCACCAGGUCUCAAAGGACACCAAGGCUUCCCAGGAGAAGAAGGAGGACCAGGAGAGCGAGGUCCUCCUGGUGUGAAUGGAACACAAGGUUUCCAGGGAUGUCCAGGUCCAAGAGGAGGCAAGGGUGGCCGUGGGUUCAAUGGAGAUAAGGGUGAAGUAGGAGAAAUUGGCCUGGAUGGAAUAGAUGGAGAAGAAGGUAAACGAGGUUCUCUAGGAUCUGCAGGAGAAGGAGGCAGCCAAGGGCCACGGGGAGAAAAAGGUCAGAAAGGAGGAAUAGGGGAGAGAGGAGAUCAAGGUUUACGAGGUGAUCCGGGUGAACAGGGAACUGAUUCACCUCAGAGAGGACCAAAAGGAGGAAAAGGAGAAGCAGGAAGUGUGGGUGAGCCUGGAAGAGAUGGUGUACCAGGAACGAAUGGUGUUGUAGGGAAAGCUGGAGGUCGUGGCCGUAGAGGACCUCCUGGAGUUAAGGGUAAUAGCGGCCCUAAUGGUACCCCUGGAGGAGUUGGAGAACAAGGGCUGAGGGGUCCUCAGGGUCCUCCAGGACAACAAGGCACGCCAGGCACAAGGGGAGAACAAGGUAGCUCAGGACCAAGGGGGUCAGGAGGCACUCCUGGACCUGCUGGUGAUCGUGGCAGACCCGGACAACUAGGGCGCAAGGGGGAGCCUGGAGAUAUUGGACCUAAAGGAUCUGAUGGACCUGUUGGACCACGUGGUGAGACAGGAGAUGAUGGUCGUGAUGGAGCUGGAAACCCUGGUCUUAAAGGAAGAAAGGGGGAAAAUGGAUUCCCUGGAUAUCCUGGACAAAAGGGAGAUCCUGGCGAUAAAGGACCUAAUGGAGAGUCUGGACCUAAAGGAAGCAGAGGACGUAGGGGCAAUGCAGGUGAUCCUGGUAAGGGAGGCACUAAAGGGGAUCCAGGACAUUCAGGACCAAGUGGCCUGAAGGGAGAACGAGAAGGUUCAAGAGAUCAAUGUGGACUUGUGAAGACUAUCAGAAACACAUGCCCUUGCUGCUAUGGUAAACAAGAAUGCCCUCUGUUCCCCACUGACCUGGUGUUUGCUAUUGACACAUCUUCGGAUGUGAACCGAAAUCAGUUUAACAACAUGAGAGAAGCUGCUGUGCGAGUGGUUAACCAGCUGUCAAUUUCUGAGAGCAACUGUCCAAGAGGAGCCCGCGUUGCUUUGCUUACCUACAAUAGUGAGGUCACCACAGAAGUUCGCUUUUCUGAAGGCCUCAGGAAACAAGCACUGCUCACUCAGAUGGAAAACUUGCAACUGGUUACAUCUAACAAGCAAAGAAGCUUGGAUGGUGUCAUGUCUUUUGUGGCACGAAACACAUUUAAGAGGUCGCGUGGAGGUUUCCUGACAAGAAAGGUGGCUGUGUUCUUCAGUAAUGCUCCAACUAGAGCCUCACCACAACUAAAUGAGGCUGUACUUAAGCUGUAUGAUGCUGGCGUGUCUUCUGUGUUCCUUACAGUGAGAGAAGACAGGCCAUUGGUCAAUGCUUUAAAGGUCAAUAACACAGAAGCAGGCCAGGCUAUAAUCCUUGGAAGUGGCGCUCAAUUGAAUGAAACCAUCCGCAAAGUCCUUUCCUGCUUUGUAUGUCUAGAUGUGUGUGAGCCAGCUAGUGAAUGUGGAGUUGGUAUUCCCAGGGGCGAUCUCCGUUUUAGACGCUCAGCAACUACUGAUGUAGACAUUGACUUAGCCUUCCUUGUGGACAGUUCAGACUCCACAAAUUCAGCCCAGUUUGCUGAGAUAAAAAGAUUUGUCUCCCAUGUGAUUGGACAGUUGGAGCUCAGUCCAGAUCCUAAAUCCUCUUCCCAUCAUGCACGCAUUUCAAUACUCCAGCAUGCUCCCUAUGAACAUCAGAUUAAUUCCAGCUUCCCUCCUGUGAGAAUUGAUGUAGGACUGACUGAGUACACUGAGAAAGAGAAACUUCAGGCAUUUGUUCUAACCAAAAUGACUCAGCUGUAUGGAACACGGUCAUUGAACAACGCUAUCAAGUAUGUGGUGGAACAUGUGCUUGAGAGUGCUCCCAACCCAAGGGCCAUGAAGGUCAUCUUCCUUAUUUUGACUGGAGACGUGAAGCCUCAUGAGCUCAAACAGUUGCGCCAGACUGUAAUCGAGGCCAAAUGCAAGGGCUACUUCUUUGUGAUUUUGAGUGUAGGGAAGAAGGUACAUACUGGACAUUUGAACUCACUGGCUAGUGAACCACAUGAUGUUUUCUCCAAGAAAGUUGGAAAGGCGUCAGAACUAAAUGAAGAGACCCUGCUGAGAUUUGGAAUGCAACUGCCUGGAUUUAUAAGCAGUGAAAAUGCAUUCCAUCUGUCUCCUGAAAUUCAAAGUCAAUGUGGUUGGUUCCAGAACGAUCAGCCUCCAAGCACCAAUGAAAGCACCAAUGAAGCGACUGAUGAUUCUCUAGUACCUGACAAAAUAUUAUCCAGUGAAAAGCCUGAGGUCAUAACAGCACGAACAAGCAUCAACACCCUUACAGAUGUCACCUUAACUCCAGAGACCACAACAAUGCAGAGGACUGAGCUUCAGAUAUUUAAUAUAACAGAGAACAGUGUGCGUCUGAGCUGGACCAGUUCUGAUUCCCUGAAACCCCACGUCUAUGAGCUCAGCGUCAUCUCACUAGCGGACCAGAGUCUAGUCCUUAAACAAAAUGUCACAGGCACUGAAAGACUUAUUGGAGGACUUGCAAGUGGACAGAUGUACCAAGUCACCAUUACUGGGCAGCACAAGAGCCUUGGCCUGAUAACUUACCAAGCAACAUUCGCUACUAGUAAUUCUCAACCCAAGUCUGAGGUUGUGGUGCCAGAGGUUGUGGUUCCAGAAGAUGUGCCAGAAGUUGUAGUGCCAGAGAUUGUGGUUCCAGAGGUUACAGUGCCUGAGGAAGUGGUGGGUUCUGACACAGCAUACACCACAGAACCACUGAACAGCCCUGAAAUAGAUCCUUGUGAGCUAGAUCUGGACAUGGGCACCCAAUGCAAGGAGAAUGAGGUUAAGUGGUUCUUUGACAAGACAAACAAGAUUUGCACCCAGAUUUGGUAUGGUGGGUGUGGUGGCAAUGCCAAUAAAUUUGACACAGAAGCUGAAUGCAUCAGUAGGUGUCAAAAGACAUUGGUUGAGAAAUCCAUGCAGCUACCAGCGUUGGAAACAAAAGCAUUCCCAGUAGGACCUGAGGCAUGUAAACUGCAGAAAGAGGAAGGCACCUGCAGGGAUUUUAUGCUACAGUGGUACUAUGAUUCAGAAACCAAGAGCUGCACACGAUUCUGGUAUGGUGGCUGUGGAGGAAAUGAGAACAGGUUCGGCACACAGAAAGAAUGUGAAAAGAUUUGUAUUACAGCACCUCUGAAUCCCGGUGUAGUCUCUGUAAUUGGAACAUAAUAGAGAACAACUCUUACCACUCAAGAGGAGACAACCCAGGAUGCACUGCCCUUCCUCUUACUCUCUCCCCUUGCCAGCCUGCCCUUCCACAAGGGGAGGGAGGCUUACAAGGUUAAUCAAUAUGGUGCUAUUUCUUCUUUGGACUUGCUGCAGGUUGUGCCAAGAAAAGCAUUUAACCCUUUCAUUGCUGUAGCAAUCCCAGCAACACAGGCUCACAUUCAUGGCCUGGAGGGCAAUGCUGUUCUAUUCACUACAUUUCUGAAAGGGUUUCUUGGCACUAUGGACUCCUAUACUUUAGCAACUGGUGCUUGUCAGGUUAUCUUUUUAGUGUCAGAGAUCCCAGCACUAGAGUCUAUCCUAGAGAGAUGCUGACCCUCUAAGUAACACCUGCUUCAUCCCAGUCCUCCCUUCUUAUAUUUCCACUUUCCAGUAGAUUUAUGACCCCAUUCUGCCAUGGAGCUUUUCACUACUUCCAGCGCCUCUGACAACUAACUGUGAGUCCAUGUAUGCAACUGCUAGUAGUACAGCUAUAAUGUUAAGCAACCACAUUCCAUUUUUACUAGGAGGGCACGGCACUUGUGUCACAAUUUCUAGAGCAGCAGGUCCCUCGGGAAGUGACAGAUACUAACCCUUAUCUCCGCCAUCAGGAGCCUGUAAAGUAUUGCAGAGCAGGGUUUUCCAGGCCCCUCUGGCUGCACAUGGGUUAAAAGCGUUAGGUUUUACCACUUACGCUGCAAUUAUUGCAGUCUGAGCAGAAGAAUACAAUGUUUUUUAAAUCUUUUUGUUAUUUGUGUUUAUAAACUUUGGGGUUGGUAAAUUUUGUUAUAAAUUUGGCCUUUUCUUGUCUUUGGUAUGUUUUUAUUUUUUUAAAGAAGGGAGAGGAUACAAAGAUUGACUAAUAAAGAAUGAAGAGGUGUUUAA